AUGGACACUGGAAGUGACGUCAUUUGGAUAAAAUGCUUACAAAGUUCCAAUGUCUUUAACCCUGCAGAAUCUUCCUCUUGCAGCUACUAUUCGUGCGAUUCCCUUUCUUGUAAUGAUCUAGGUGCAAGCGGCAACACUUGCGGAGGCAGAGAUUUUCGUGAACCUUGCUACUAUAUAGGAGAAUAUGUAGAUGGUUCCACAACAAGGGGAACUAUUUCUCAUGACAAGUUUGCAUUUGAAGGCUCUGAGAGGGAGCUUGUAGAUGUUGGACACUUGGAUUUUGGCUGUUCCUACUACUCUUCAUGGGAAUUUGUGGGGAACCAAACAAACAGUAUGAUAAGUGAUGGGGAAGGAGGGUUUGUUUUUGAUUCAGGCACAACUUAUACGAUGCUUCGAUCAGAAGCAUAUGACGUAUUCGUCACGGCACUGCACAAAGCCAUACGCUUGCUGCAAAGGAGAGAUCCGAUGGAAUGGUUUGAGAAGUGUUUCGAGGGAAGUUUUCAGGACUUGGACUCUGCAGGACCAGAUGUCACAUUUUUUUUUUAUGGUGUACAAGUCAUGCUAACGAAGCAAACUACUUACAUUGAAGUAGAGCAGGUACUUUGGUGCCUUGCCAUUAUCAGGUCCAAUGAAAAGUUGUCCACAUUUGGAAAUAUUCAGCAGCGGAACUAUUUUGUUGGUUAUGACGUUGAACAAGGAGUGGUUUCGUUUGCUCCGGUUGACUGUGCUACCUUCUGA